UGGUUAGUAUUUAUUUAGACGUGCAGUGCAAUUUAAAUUCCAUGUGAUACAUUUAUAAAUAUUUUAAUACUAUUAACAAUAUUUUGUAAUAAAUGCAAUGUUCAGUAAAUUUUUGCAGUGAUAUUUUAAGUAGGAUUAAUGUACAUUUGGAUUACACAUCGGGCUUGGUCAAAUAGCGCCCAGUUCUGAGAAUGGACCCAGCAUGUUCUUCGAAUUCCGGUAAUUUUUCAAAAGUAGUAACCGAUACACCUCCAUUCAGCUGCACGGGGAAACCCCAAGCCGCAGCCACCAUAAAUGAAGAGACUCAGACUGAAGACGUUAUGAUAAUAGAUAAUCCAAAUCCUACGCCCGUUUCAGAGUGUUCGAAUGAAACUGAACAAAUUAUCAAAUUGGCCGUUUUAGGUUUAAGGCCCUCUAUGAAACAAAUAAUAGAUAGCAAUGAAAGUGAAUGCCUAGAUCGUAGAAAAGCCACAAAUAGUUUAAGUGAUUGCCAUUAUCUUACCGAUAUACCAAAUUUAGAAAAACUUGAGCGUGAAGACUUUUCUAAAGAAAACGCUCUAAUCAAUGUAAACCAUUCUUCACUUAUCAAUGUUUUUGAAUUGAUAGAAGACAAGAAUCUAGCAUCAAAAUCCAAUUCUCAAAUAUAUAGACCGUCGUCAUCGAAGUGUAGUAGUAGCCAAUAUGAGAAUUUUAAUGAAGUUGUAAAUUAUCCUAUUACCUCAACACCCCAAUGUUCGCAGAAAUUAAGUAAAAUUUUAGAAUUUCCUGAUGAAGAGUCCAAUAAAUGUGAUGCUUCUGCUACGACGCCGCAGGAAGAUUCUUUGAGCGACAAUAAAUCUGUACAAAAUGCUAUGGAAACCAAUGAAGACGAUGUGCAACCCAAUGAUAACAAUAAUGAACAAAGUACCUCUGUCAAGUCCCCGCCUUUAACCACUACACCAAAGAGCAUAUUUUCCACCAGUGAAACCCUUCGAAAACUCAAGUGCUCUGGUUAUAUUAUCAAGCACGAUGCUAGUAGUAAAAACAAAGGUUCCGAAAACAUAGUUACAACUCCAAAAAGUAGUCUAACGUACGACAUGUCAAGGAAAGGCAGUGUUAAGAUAAAUUUAUCAAAAAGUCUGGACAGAAUCGACUGCGAGGCUGGUCCAAGCAGUUCUGCUUCGAGACUUUGUGUCUCGGAUCCUGGACCAAACUUGGAUACGAGUGCGAAUGUAUUCGAAAAACCAGCCGAUGUUAAUUUGUGCGGGGUUAUAACAAUCGAUAGAUUGUCGUUAGAAAAUAAUGAUAAUACUGAAGACAAUGAUGUUGCUAAAGAUGGUUCAAAUAACAAACAAAAUGAAAUGGACGAAAACUUAGAUAUACCUGAAGCAUGUGCUGCAAUUAACGAACCAGAUCAAGAUUUGGUGGUGCUUGAAGCUCGAGAGGUUGAAAUUGAAUAUGAAGAUGACAGCUGGGCUGACUGUGAGGAUGGCAGCGAUGAGGAAGAAGUCUGCACGUGUAGUUGCUUAGCUGACUCAUCGCAAGAGGAUGAAUCUGAUGAUGACUUGAUAACGAGAGAAAUAGACGUCUCACAUAACUCAGAAAUUGAUACAAUAACACAAUCCGAAUUGUUACAAGAAAGCCAUAACAUGAUUCAGGCACGAGUACAUCGGAAACGGAAAUUAGAAGAUGAGUGUUCUCUUCCAAACAAGAAGUCAUUUUCAGAUGAUUCGAUUUUAAAUAGAAGUAUGUUAGAAGAAAGUGCAAUAAGAAAAAAUUCUGAAGGAGGCAUGGGUUAUAUUAGAAACGUUUGUGUUACUCCAAGUGGACAUGUUAGUUCUACUGGUGAAAAGAAAACGCCACGAAGUGUUAUUCCAAGUAAAGAGAAUCCUCCGCCGGAAAUGACGGAAUGGUUACUGCAAUUUUUGCGAUGGUCUCACGCAGAGCGUUUGUUGGCGGUUGACCAGCUGAUAGAACGUUGUGAACCUCAGCAAGUGCGGCAUAUGAUGCAGGUCAUCGAGCCGCAAUUCCAGCGUGAUUUUAUUUCAUUACUUCCAAAAGAACUGGCUCUUAAUGUAUUGUCUUUCCUAGAACCAAGAGAUCUUUUGAGAGCAGCCCAGACUUGCCGGAGUUGGAGAUUCUUAGCAGAUGAUAAUCUGCUUUGGAAAGAAAAGUGUAGACAAGCCGGUAUCCACAAUGUUCGAGAACAAAGACGAAACCAUAAAAUGAAACUUGUUAAUACAAGGUCACCCUGGAAAGCGGCGUAUAUGCGUCAACAUACGAUAGAAAUGAAUUGGCGAUCGGCACCAGUACGACCUCCAAAAGUAUUAAAGGGUCAUGAUGAUCAUGUGAUUACUUGUUUGCAAUUUUCAGGCAAUAGGAUUGUUAGUGGCUCUGAUGACAAUACUUUGAAGGUGUGGUCUGCAGUCACUGGCAAGUGUUUAAGGACAUUAGUAGGUCACACGGGUGGUGUCUGGUCAUCUCAGAUGUCUGGUAGUGUAAUUAUAAGCGGUAGCACUGAUAGGACACUUAAAGUUUGGGAUGCUGAUACUGGUGAAUGCACACAUACACUAUAUGGCCACACGAGUACGGUUAGGUGUAUGCAUCUACAUGAUCAUAAGGUUGUAAGUGGUUCUAGAGAUGCAACAUUGCGAGUUUGGGACAUUACGCAUGGGACCUGUUUACAUGUCCUGGUUGGUCAUUUGGCUGCAGUCCGUUGUGUUCAGUAUGAUGGUAGAUUAGUUGUUAGCGGAGCCUAUGAUUACAUGGUCAAGGUUUGGAAUCCUGAACGUGAAGAAUGUCUGCACACAUUACAGGGUCAUACAAAUCGAGUGUAUUCACUUCAGUUUGAUGGAAUUCAUGUGGUUUCUGGUUCACUGGACACAUCUAUUCGCGUUUGGGAAGUGGAAUCCGGUUCUUGCAAACAUACACUGAUGGGACAUCAGAGUUUGACAUCAGGAAUGGAACUGAGGAAUAAUAUAUUAGUUUCUGGAAAUGCAGAUUCAACAGUUAAAGUUUGGGAUAUCAUUAGUGGGCAAUGCCUGCAGACACUGUCAGGUCCCAAUAAGCACCAGUCAGCCGUCACUUGCCUUCAAUUCAAUUCGCGAUUUGUGAUCACAUCUAGCGAUGAUGGUACAGUCAAAUUGUGGGACGUCAAAACAGGAGAGUUUAUUAGAAAUUUGGUAGCUUUGUCUAGUGGUGGUUCUGGUGGUGUAGUUUGGAGAAUUCGUGCCAAUGAGACUAAAUUAAUUUGUGCCGUGGGUAGUAGGAAUGGAACCGAAGAGACAAAAUUAAUGGUAUUAGACUUUGAUGUUAAAGGCGCCUGUUUGAAGUGCUCUUAGCGGUAAACUACAUCGCGAGCUUCUUUAGAAAGUUCUGAGGUUUGGGCUAGAAAUAAAUAUGCUGAUUAGUGGUUUUACUCAAAUUUAUUUAUUGGAUUUUAAUAAUUAUUUUUGUAUAAAUUUUUGCCCGAGGUUUAUCGGAUUAGAGAGUUUUAAAUAUUUUCUUUAAUUUUGUUGUUUUACUUGACGUUUUAUAAUAUUCUAAUCUUAUUCUGCAUUAAUGCAAUUAAUUUUUACUUAUUGCUGCAAAAUAUUCAGCACCUAAUGAUCAAAGAUUGGAUUUUAACCAUGAACAAAAUAUAUAUUGUAGGAAAAAGUUAAUUUUUUACUUACUUAUUACUGGUUCAAUUGAAUUCUGGAUUUCAGUAUUUUAACCAGCAAUUGUUUUUAGCAAUACCUCUAAGCUUGCUAAAUGCGCUGCGCGAUUUAAAAUGAGUGUGAAAAAUAAAUAAAAAUGAAAACAAAUAUGUAAAAAAAAACUUUAAACAGCAUAGUCUUGUUGCUUUAAUCGUAUAAUACUGUUGUUGAUCAGAAAGUUGUUUGUGACAAUGGUCACCUAUAUAUAGAAGAAAUAAUUUUCUCAAGUACUUAUUGUAAGGUUAUUGUUGCAAAAAUCUUCCACAACAGACGUACUUCAAAUAUUCUAUGCCUCUUUGAUGAUUUGUUAUGUUUUCUUACAAGAAAUUUUUUUGUUUUGUAAAUUGUUAUACAUACUUUAUAAGUUUAUCUAUUUUUCUUUAGAGUGUGUGUUUAUGUGGCUUCUGACGAUACACUUGGGACUGUGCAUGACUGUUUAAUUUUCCUAAAUUUAAUUUAAUCGUUUUAUUUCUGUUACAAGUCAGUGUAUCAUUAGAAGCUUUGUAAAUACUACUAAACCUUGGCAUAUGAUAGGGUUAUACUUUAGUUAAGAAAAUGCUUGAAAAUACCUGUAAAAAUAGUUAUUAAUCAGAAAGUCUCUGUAUAUAUAUUUUAACAACCGAAGCUUACUCAUUAUAUUUAUUCUAUAUUAACAUCUUCAAACAAC